AUGAAUUUUACUUAAGAAUAAAAUAAAGAAACAAGCAUAUUUUACAAAUCUAAACUUUGUACUCAUUGGUCAACAAGUAACACUUUAUAUUAUUUUAUGUUUAGAGGGACAUUGUGCUAAAUAAGAAAAAUGCAAUUAUGCACAUGGAGAAACAGAAUUGCGUCAUAUACCACAAGAAUAUUUAACUCAUCCACAUACUAAUAACUCUAGUGCCUUUUCUAUUAAUAAUGAAGGACAAACAAACAUGGCUGUCAUUUAAUAAAAUUCAAUAUAAGGAUAACUUUUAAAUCCUUUUUGGAAAACUAAAAUUUGUAAUUUCUACCUUCAAGGAAAAUGUAGAAAUAUUAUUGAUUGUAAUUAUGCUCAUGUUGAUGAUGAAUUAAGAGAUCCUACUAGCUAAGCAUGUUAAUCUAUUUAAAACAUACUUAAAUUAUAAGAUCCUGUUUAUAGAUUAUAAUUACUAAACUAUAAUGCUUAAUUCCAGAAGAAUUUGUUAGAACGUGCCAAAACUAUAUUUGAAUAGAUUAGAAAAAUGGAAUUAAUUCACAAAAAUAACAAUGAUAUUUAAGACAUGUUAGAAGAAGCUAAAUUAUUGAUUUUUUAAAAAGAAAUCGAAUAAGCAACACUAAAAAUAAUAGAAAUAAUGUCAUUGCCUAAUUUAAAUAUAGAUGAAAGAGAAUAACAUUAAGAAAUAAAAAGUAAAAUCAAAGAAUCUAUUGAAAUUCCUUAAGUUUAAUUUCCAACCACAUCUAAAUAUCCACCUGAAGAUAUUGAAAAAAUGAAAUAAUUAAUGGAAUAAGAAUAAGGCUAACGAUUACCUAUACCAAUGAUACCUACCAUCAAACCAUUUCCUAAUCAUUAAUAAGUUUAUUAAGAUAGAUGUAGAAACCAAAAAUUAACAUGA